AUGGACGAAGCCGGGCUGGAUGACCAGCGACCUGCAAAGCGCCAAAAGCUGGCCGCGCCAGAACCAGGCCCGUAUGUUCUUCGUGCUAUUCUGGAGGAUAUCCCGCUGGCGGCAGAUGAGGGUGAUGCAGAAAUAUCGAUUACCUGUGUAGAGUAUUGGAACAACAAUUUAUAUAUCGGUACCUCUGCGGCCGAAAUCCUGCACCUAGUCUCGAUCCCUUCUGAUCAGGACGACGACAACGCGCCUUCAACCUUUAUUUUAGCCUCCCGGUUGCAGCCCAGUGGCCAUGCUGUAUCAGCCGACUCUCCGAAUGCACCUGGCAUUCAGCAGAUCCUUGUCCUGCCCGGUCCUCUGAAAGCCUGCGUGUUAUGUAACGGCGUCGUGUCGUUUUACUCCCUUCCCGAGUUCAGUCCGGCAUUUCCUAACAGGGAACCUACGGGGGUCCAGUGGAUUGGUGGCAUCGACGAAAAUGAAGACAAAGAAAACGCGGAGGGCCCUGUGGUGAUGAUCGCAAACUCCCGCAGAAUCAUUUUGGUCCGUGUGGGAGACAGGCUGCGGUCGAUUAGAAAUAAUAUUGAAUACCCUGGCUGUUUGAGAUCCAGUCGAAGAGAGACUAUCGCGUGCGUUGCCGACGACACGAGUUAUGCGCUCCUCGAGGUGGAACACCAGCAGAAGAUUCCGCUGUUUCCCAUCUCGUCGCAGCCCAUGGAUGAUGAUGUUCCGGUCGAGGACGGGGGGAGAUCUCCAGCACGGUCCCCUCCCCCUGCAGAAGCAGCUGGUCAUGGUCGAAGUACAAGUCUGGGGAAUCUGAUCGGCUCUACGGAGGACAGGAAGGAUAGCCCUCAGGGCCGUCAGGAGUCUCCCUAUCUAAUGCCGCCCAACGACGCGACAUCGGCUGGUUCAGGACGACCCACAUCGCCAUCUACCAACGUCCCAGUGCCGGACGGAAAUAGUGAGGCGAACGGACGUCCAAGAGCACGUCCUCGUGCGUCGACCGAGGCCCUCCCCUCCAGAUCACCAGCUGGAACGAACAGCAAGCAUUCGCACAAGCGUCUCAAGCCACACAUCCUCUCGCCUUUUCCGACAGAAUUCAUGCUAACGACUGGCACAACAGAGUCUGAGCCUGGUGUUGGUAUGUUUGUCAAUUUGGAUGGUGAUGUUGUUCGAGGAACCAUUGACUUUGAAAGUUAUCCUGAGGAUCUGCUUGUGGACAACUUCGCUGUGCCAGAAAAUGAAGGUGCCCCACGCUCGGAAGAUGAAGGCAAAAUCAUCUUUGCUCUUUUGCGGCAGGUUCGGGAAGGCAUCACGGAGAGAAAAUUGGAAAUACAGCUUGUCGAGAAUGCAUCUGAGCUGGCUCACCCUCGCGUGUGUGUUGCGUUGCCAUUGAGCGAAUUCGAGAAUGCGCCGGCUGGCUUGCACCACACGUUAAGCACGCAUAGCCACUUCUUCAAAGCCCCCGGAGAACUCCUGCAACUAGUGCCGCUUUCAAUCAAAUCACUGCGUCACCGAGAAAACGCUCAAAGCGAGAGUGAUCCGAGGACACAGUCCGCCAUGGAGCAAGUGGAGCAAGAGCGCGCUUUGUUCGAGAGUCAGUCUUUAAGCACGCCUAUAGAGCCAUCAAAUGAGCUGGUGAAGAAGCGCGCUGUGGAAGAAGAAAAGCUCGCCCGUCGCCUUGGACGCGCUUUCACGAGAAACUUGUUGUGGCACGGGAAAGAUCUCCUUAUGAUCUUACAGAAUCCCUUGAUUUCGCAGCUCGAGUACCGCCUGAUGCAGUAUAUGGUCGACAGUCAGCCCGCCAAUGUAGUCCCUGGUCAAAUCUUCGGGUUCCUGGCGAGUAUUCACGGUCGCGAACCAAAGGACGAGACAGAGUUCCUCACGCUGAACUAUAUCAAGCAGAAAGCCAGUCUGAUAUUAUUUUUGCAUCUGGAGACACAAUUUUCGAGUGCCUCAGCUCUUCAAGACAUGUUCCGAGCUGUCGAAAACACGCUCCAUGACGGAGGGUUAGAUCCGCGGAUCGUGCUCCUCCUUCUGCCCCCGCUCUCGUCGGAGGUCUUGUACGGGCCGGAGGGAAUCUGGCUUCAUCAAGGUAUGGUGGAUCUUCUGCAGGGCCAUCAAUCUCCGGUCGCCAGUUUCGAGGAUGCUCCUCCUGAAUUCUGGAUGAUGAUGAGACAUUUCCUGAUGCUGUGGCAAGAGAAGCGCGGAUACGGGAGCAUUGCAGAUGACAAACACGUUUUUGAUUCCGUCGAUGCGGCCAUUCUUCAUCUGUUGCUCUACUUAGACCAAGCAUUGCCGACAGACAGCCCUGCCCAGAAAUCAGUGCGGGCCAAAUUGAAUAACGUCGUCGACCAGUGGAAGGGCGAUUUUGAGCGUGCGACGUUGCUCUUGGAACGGUACAAUCGGCUCUAUGUCCUGAGCCGGCUCUACCAGAGUAAGAAGCAAGCCCAUGAUGUCCUUGCGACGUGGAAACGGAUUAUCGAUGGAGAGAAGGAUGUGGAUUACAGUUCAAAUAUUGGCUAUGUCGAAGGUCAACUGCGCCGCUAUUUGACAGUCAUUCGCGAUGUCGACCUCGUGCAAGGUUACGCUCUGUGGCUCGCCCAGCGGAAUCCAGACCUCGCCGUCCAAGUCUUCACGGACGACGCCGCACGAGUAAAGUUCAGUCCUCAAGAAGUAGUGCCACUUCUAAAAGAACAAGCGCCAGGAGCCGUCCAGCAGUAUCUGGAAUAUCUCGUUUUUGGCAAACAUCUCGGGCAGUACGCCGACGACCUGAUAGGCUAUUACCUCGACUCAGUCCUUACUGUCCUUGAAAAGUCCGACGCUGCUCGUGCGUCGCUCGCAGAAAGCUAUUCGACAUACCGAGCUCUUGAGUCGCCCAAGCCGACCUACCUCGACUUCAUCCACCAAAAUGCCCCGCCGGAGCCAUGGUGGCAAUCGCGCCUCCGUCUCCUCCAGCUCCUAGGGAGUGGUGCCUACGCAGCCUCGGGCAGCAACGCUGCUGGGAAGGAUUUGACUUAUUCGGUCUCCAUGGUCCUCGAGCGCCUGGCACCCUUCUCCUCCUACCUUGUUUCAGAAUCCAUCAUCCUCGAUGCCCGUCAAGGCCGCCACAAGGAAGCCCUGCGCCUUCUCACUCAUGGACUGGGCGAUUACGAUACAGCCACACGAUAUUGCUACUUCGGCCGUCCCUCGCCUCCGUCAUCAUAUCCAAUUGAUCCAUCUGCCUUGCCCUCCCGAACGAGCCAGAUUGAACUCUUCACUUUCCUCUUUCAUGAAUUCCUCUCCAUCGCCGAUGUUGACGACCGCCUCGAACAAACAUCUCACCUUCUCGGUAAAUUCGCCACCUUUUUCGACCCUCUACAGAUUCUCAGAGACAUCCCGGAUGAUUGGACUGUGGAGAUGUUGAGUGAGUUCUUGGUGAGGAGCUUCCGUUCCGCCACGACCGAGAGGAACCAGCUCGUGAUCAUGAAGGCACUGAGUGCGGCGCAGAAUCUCAUAGGGCAACUCGAGCUUGUCGAGCUCUGUGAGAAGAUUGGACCAAAGAUCGAGACUGGAGACGAGGGAGGUGGACAGCCUCACGAAGGGUUUGCCGAGCCACGAGAGGUAGACGUCAGGGAAGGUUGA